AUGUUCACCAAAAACAAGGAAGAGAGAGAGACGAAAAAUUCAUUAUCUAGUGAUGAGGGGAGUUUUUCCUCCGGAGAAAUUCAACAGCGUCAAGAAAAACCGGAAAAUUCAAUAGUUUCCAAUGCUACCACGAAUAGCAAUGGCUCCAGCUCACAGCAGCCGCCUACUAAGAAGAAACGAAACUUACCGGGAAAUCCAGAUCCGACAGCAGAAGUUAUUGCACUGUCACCAACAACCCUUAUGGCAACAAACAGAUUCGUGUGUGAAAUAUGUAACAAAGGGUUCCAAAGGGAUCAAAAUCUUCAAUUGCAUAGGAGGGGUCAUAAUCUUCCCUGGAAAUUAAGGCAAAGAACAAGUACCGAGAUAAAAAAGCGCGUUUAUAUAUGUCCCGAGCCAUCUUGUGUGCACCAUAAUCCGGCUCGAGCGUUGGGAGACCUCACGGGAAUCAAGAAGCAUUAUAGCCGAAAACAUGGGGAGAAGAAAUGGAAAUGUGAUAAGUGCUCGAAGAAAUAUGCAGUGCAAUCAGAUUGGAAGGCUCACCAGAAAACCUGUGGAACAAGGGAAUACAAAUGUGAUUGUGGAACCAUAUUCUCCAGAAGGGACAGUUUUAUAACACACAGGGCAUUCUGUGAUGCACUGGCUGAAGAGAACAAUAAAGUGAGCCAAGGCCUAAUGAGUACAAUGGGGCCUAAUUCACAAGGCCAAAUGCCUGAACUCAUUUCAACUAUGCCUAUAAACAGCAACACAAAUACACCUUUGGGAUUAUCUGAUUUUAACAAUCCAUUGAAAUCUCUUCCACCAGAACUUGUCCCAAUCCCAUUCAAAACCAUGCACAUGGCCGGCGGUAUGUUUUCCAGCAAUUCCGGGUCCCUCUUUGGUAGCCCGAGAAGCAUUCAUUCUUCGUCAUCGGGCCUUCAGCUCAGCUCGAAUUCUAGUCCCUCAGGUUAUAACUACCACCAAGACAGCAAAAGCGGGUCGGGACAGAUUUCAGGCUUGGCCCACAUGUCGGCCACGGCCUUGUUGCAAAAGGCAGCCCAAAUGGGUGCAACUGCAAGCAAUAGUAACAAUUCUCCAAUGAUGCAAAAGAGCUUUGUUAGUAGUAUGGCAGGUCCUGAUCAGGUUUCUGGGACAAGGCCUUCGUCCAAUGUGCAUCAAGGCAACUCGUACGAUAACUUCCAAACGCAAAACGAACAAUCAGCAUUCGCAGGAAUCAACGGAGGAGGAGGAUUUUCUAGCCAGCUUAUGCACAAGAGCUCACAAGAGGUGUCUGACUUAUUCGACUCCUCCAAGACUGGUGGCUCAGCCAUGGGUGACAUGAUGAUGUAUGGUGGAAUGUUGAUGAAUAACGAACUAAAUUCCGGAUUCUUAAAGAAUGCUAUGGAACAAGAGAACAGUGAGAAUUCCGGGCUUGUCAGGGGAAGAAAUGUCAUGGGGAGGAAUUCCUCUGGCCCAUCGAGUUUAGGGGGCAACGAUAUGAUGACUGUGGAUUUCUUAGGGGUUGGCGGGUCGAGGCCACAAAAUAUGCAUGAACAGAGACUGGAAUUGGAGGCAAUAAACCAACAGAGAAUGCAAGUAGUGAACCCUUUUCAACAGCUCUCACACAGGGAUUCUGCUAUGGAAAAACCGCUGUGGGAUGAUAUGUGA